AGGCGGUGAAUUUAAAAAGGAGCCGGUGGCGUCACAACAUUUUCAGACCAUAACAACUUUCUUGUCUGAGAGGAGAGCAGCCAACAGCGUUAGCACACCUGAUCGAGAUACAAUGGCUGACAUAAUCUUUGCAGAGCGGGAAAAUGCAUGUCUUUAUCCACCUACUCUGAAGAUGCGACAGCGGCUUCAGUCGGCUCCAGAGAAACUUGUAUCUCCUAUGACUGCCAAUACCUUACACACUCCUCUGCCAUCUGGUCGUAAGGUUUUUGGUGCUGUCAACAAAAAAAUCCUAACCCCUGCCGUCAACACACAAGAGAAGAAACUCUUAAAGCCACAGGAAACUAAAGUCAAACAGGCUUCAGGCCAAAACUCCAAAGUGGAAGAAUAUCCAGAAAUUGAAAAGUUCAUCCCUUAUGACCCACUAGAGUUUGAGAAGUACAGCAUACCUGAGGAUUUGAUUCCUCUCAGUAGCUAUGCUCUGCCUGGACUGGCCUGUUUCCCACAAGCUCCACAUCUGUGUGAAGAGGACCUGGAAAUGAUUGUUCCACUCCCAAACCUGUCGCCUGUAAAGAUGCCAACACGUUCAGGUCAUUGCUCAGAGCUGGAUGCCUUUCUUCAAACACUCGAUGAGCUGACUGUUGAACUUCCUCCAGAAUCUUUUAUGGACUGAAUGUUGAUGCAUGUUUUUGUUAGUUUUUACCGAAAUAAAGGUUUUUGUUUUUAUCUGUC